AUGCGGUACAUCCGUUAUCUAAAGACCCCAAAGACCGACGGCAAGAAGCUCAUAACCCUCAUUACCAUCACAUCCGACCUAGGGGACAGCUUCCUAGCCGAUGAGGUGGCUUUGGCAGCCACUGUUUGCUCCGCAGAGCCGCAUGGGGACAUCUAUUUACGCAAAAGCCUGAAAUGGACUCCGGGCAUGCGCUCGUUACCUAUUACCUUCGACCUUACUACCAGUGAUGUGGAUUGGCCCAUCCGGAUGCAUGUCGGCCCUAGGAAUGCCGGAUACUCCGAUCACUUCGAGAAGCAUCACGAUUCAGGGGAUCUCCCAUCUCUGAUAUCCGCGUGGAGCGAUGUCGUCGAUCCAGAGAAGGGUAUCAUGGAGGCCCACAGGCGUGUCGAGAGGCGCUUCAUGCCUCUCAGCCACCGUACGCUGAGCGUGUGGGAAGAAACUGGUGAGAGCAUAGCCAGGCAUCUCUGGGAUGCUGGCAUAGCGCUCACAGCAUACUUGGACCGCACAGUGGCCCUCCAGGCAGAGAGCAUUCCUCUUCUCGAGCAGGUGCUAGGCUCAGCAACCUACAAGAAGCUCAACGUGAUCGAACUGGGCAGCGGAUGCGCGAUUGUCGGCAUCGGCCUUGCCCAGACGGUGCCCGACUGCGAAGCAAUACUCACGGAUCUGCCAGAAGCCGAGGAGAUCGUAAACCACAAUAUCACUGCAAUGAACCCAGCCAUCUCAUCGAGAGCAACUUUCCAGGCUCUCGACUGGGAGGAACCACUACCCGCCAAGAUCCGGGAUCGGCUUUUCGACAUGAUUCUCGUUGCGGAUUGCACUUACAAUCCGGACAGCAGCCCUGCUCUUGUGAAGACGCUGUCAGCGCUCGUCAAGCGAUCGCCAAAAGCUAUCAUCGUAGUAGCCAUGAAGGUGCGCCACGAGAGCGAAUCGAUAUUCUUCGACUACAUGAAAGACGCGAGCCUUGUCAUCGAAAGCCAUGUCGUCCUUCCUCUUCCACGUAAUGAGGAGUGGUCUGACGCCAGUGAGCAUGUCGACUUGUACGUCUUCCGCGACAAGGGAAGAGCCUACAGACCCGAGACGCCAUUAGUCUGGGAAAGCUGA